AUGAUAUGCUCGUAAUUCGACAUUCGUUCAUCUAAUAAUUCUGAAUCGGAAAUACGAAAGUAAACGUUGUCUCAGACCGUAUCUAUCUUUUGUGUGUUUAGAGUGUUAUUAAAGAAAUUAAAACUUUGAAACUCUUGCAGUUAUUUAAUUCGGAACGUAAAAUGUCUAUGCAACCCCAUAGCAAAAAGCGAGUGUGCUAUUAUUACGAUAGUGAUAUUGGUAACUAUUAUUAUGGGCAAGGUCAUCCCAUGAAACCACAUCGCAUACGCAUGACACAUAAUUUACUGUUGAAUUAUGGUUUAUAUAGAAAAAUGGAGAUAUAUCGACCCCACAAAGCAACAGCAGAUGAAAUGACAAAGUUCCAUUCAGAUGACUACAUACGCUUCCUUCGGUCCAUCAGACCAGAUAACAUGUCAGAAUACAAUAAGCAGAUGCAAAGAUUUAAUGUCGGUGAAGACUGUCCAGUGUUUGAUGGUCUCUAUGAAUUCUGUCAGCUCUCCGCUGGUGGCUCUGUUGCUGCUGCUGUCAAGUUAAAUAAGCAGGCAUCGGAAAUUUGCAUCAACUGGGGUGGAGGACUGCAUCAUGCAAAAAAAUCUGAGGCAUCUGGCUUUUGCUAUGUAAAUGAUAUUGUACUCGGCAUUUUGGAGUUACUCAAAUACCAUCAGAGGGUGUUGUACAUUGAUAUUGAUGUUCACCAUGGAGAUGGAGUGGAGGAAGCCUUCUAUACAACAGACAGAGUGAUGACAGUCUCAUUCCAUAAGUAUGGAGAAUACUUCCCGGGAACAGGUGAUCUUCGUGACAUUGGAGCAGGUAAAGGGAAAUACUAUGCAGUCAAUAUACCACUACGUGACGGCAUGGAUGACGAGUCCUAUGAAUCUAUAUUUGUGCCUAUAAUUUCUAAAGUAAUGGAGACAUUCCAGCCCAGCGCUGUUGUACUGCAAUGUGGUGCUGAUUCACUUACAGGUGACCGACUGGGGUGUUUCAACUUAACAGUACGUGGUCAUGGACGAUGUGUGGAGUUAGUGAAGAGAUUUGGGUUACCUUUCCUACUGGUUGGUGGUGGAGGAUACACAAUUCGUAAUGUAUCGCGUUGUUGGACAUACGAAACAUCUGUCGCCUUGGGUGUUGAAAUAGCGAAUGAACUGCCCUACAAUGACUACUUUGAGUAUUUCGGGCCCGACUUUAAACUACACAUAUCGCCAAGUAACAUGUCCAAUCAAAAUACUCCAGAAUAUCUAGAGAAAAUUAAGAACAGACUUUUUGAAAAUCUUCGCAUGUUACCACAUGCACCAGGAGUACAGGUACAAGCCAUUCCUGAAGAUGCUGUUAAUGAUGAGUCAGAAGACGAAGACAAAAUCGACAAGGAUGAAAGGUUGCCACAAAGUGAAAAGGAUAAGCGCAUAACGGGCGAGGGCGAGCUGUCGGACUCGGAGGACGAGGGCGAGGGCGCGCGCCGCGACAACCGCUCGUACCGCGCGCCGCACCGCAAGCGCCCGCGCCUCGACAAGGAGCCCGCCAAGGAUGAUAUCAAAGCCGAAGACAACAAAGACGACGUUAAGAACGUAGCAACUAUGGAGGAACCAAAGAAAGAUCUGCCGCCCAAUGCUUGAUCCGCACGUUGAAUGAAACAUUAAUGUACAUGGAUUAUCUGGGUGUUCAGUGUACAGUGAAUGUGUGUACAAGUGUAUAGAUUUAUGAUACACAACUCGAAAAUUGUGUUUUAUUAUUAAGUAUUGGGUUUUCAUGGGUUUUGAUCGAGUUUAUGGAUAUAUUCAAGCUAGUAAAUAGCUUGCUAUCAAUUUUUUAUUUACAUUUUUAAGUUGUGUUUUGUGUUAAAAAUUCAAUUCUUUUUAUCAUGGGGUUAUUAAAAGUCAAUUAAAAAUGCAUGUUUAUCCAUGAAAAUAAGUAGAAUAAUUUGGAUAUAGUAAAACCUUAAAUCAAAGCUAACUUUUAUCGAAAACAUUUAAUUUAAAUAACCAUUCCAAUAUUGUCUAUAAUCAAUUGAAACUCGUGAUUACCCAUGAUUUUAAUUAAACGAUAGAAAGACUGCAAAACUGGGUUUUAUAAGUUCCAUAGAGGCUGUAAUUUCUACAGCUAAGAUUUGUGUACACAAUAUUUGAUCUCAAAUUCCUUUAGGUAAGUAUGUAUUAACUUAAAUAAUAUUACAACAUACUAAUUGAACUUCAAUUAACAAAUACAUAAAAUUUAGUUUGACUUCUGUAAAAAUAAUAUUACGAAUAUCAUUUGAAAUUUCGUUCUCUCUUUAAAUACUGUAGUGGGCACUAAAUAUCUUUUAUCUCAUGUAUUUUUUUUUUUAACAAAAGUAAUUGCCGUUGUUAUAUGAGACUACUAAUUUAAUUUUUAUUGAUGUUAUAGGUGUAGUUUCUGACUGUAUAACCCAGUUUUUGCUUCUCAUUACAAAUCACUUAUACUUCAUUGCUAAAUAAGGAAUAAGUAUGGAUAAAAGACAGAUAAAAAUUAUUUUCUAAAUUUUAUAUUUAUUUUAAAGAUUUAAAA